AUGGCCUCUACUGACCCAGGUCUGGCGCAAGUCGCUGCCACAGCGGAGGACCCCAUCAAGGGCGCCAUAUACAAGGACGAUGGAGAGCUCAUGGAAGAAGAAGAUCGACCGGUCGCACCCGAUCAAUUUGAUGUGCGCUACGAGACGACCAAGACGGAGAUCUGGGCGUGGUACGGGUAUUAUAUGGGCAACAAUGGUCUGACCCUGUUCAACUUCGCUCCCACUGCUGCACAAAACUUGCUCUAUCAGCAUGCCGAAGCCAUUGGAGGCCCGGACAACCAGAUUGUGCACUUUGCGGGAUCGAACCGAACCAUAAAUUCCGUCAUCUUGCUCUGCAACGGCAUCAGCUUCGCCAUCCAAAUUGUCAUCUUCCUGGUCUUGGGAUCGUACGCCGACUUUGGCACUUUUCGUCCCAACAUCCUCAUUGUGCUCUCGCUCAUUGCCUGGGGGAUUGGCUUUGGCUGGCUGGGAGUGCACACGGUGGACGACUGGCAGAUUGGACUGGGCUUGUACGUGGUGGGACUGAUCGCGUAUCAAUUAUGCCUGACGUAUUGGACGGCCGCAUUUCCUGGCCUGGCACGAAACACGCCAGAGACGAGAGAGAAAGCGCGACAGUAUGAGGACGGAGAGAUCACACGAGAUGAAUAUGACCAUGCCGACAGCAUGAAGCGGAAUGAGCUGAGCAAUGUCGCAUUCAUCGUGCAAAGUGUCGUGGAGAUUUUCAUUCUGGUCAUCAUUGUGGGCAUCAUGUUCGGCCUCGAUGUGAAUGCCAGCGUCGCCAAGAACAACUAUGGUCUCAGCGUGCUCAUCGCGUUCGCGUCCGGUGUCUGGAUUCUGGUUGCUUUGCCGUGGUUCUUCCUCGAGAAGCGGAGACCAGGACAAGAUCCAGGCAUGAAUAUUGUGAUUGCCGGCUUCUGGCAGCUGUACCGUGCUCUGACACAAAUCUGGCAGCUUCGUCAGAGUCUCAUGUACCUGAUCGGCUACUUCCUGCUCGGAGACUCGCUCAAUACCACCGUAACAGUCAUUGCUACCCUGCAGAAUGAAAUUGUGGCCUACAAUACACUGCAGCUCACCUAUCUCCUGAUCGUCGGCAUUGCUGCUCAGGGCGUGGGCAUUCUCGCGUUCUGGUUUGUGCAGAAGCGCUUCCAACUCUCCACCAAAACCAUGUUCAACGCAGUCGCUGUGGGCAUCAUUCUGCUCGAUGGUUGGGGCAUGAUCGGCAUCUGGACACAGCGCUUCGGCUUCCACCACAAAUGGGAAGUGUGGGUUUACCAAGUAUUUUAUGGAUUGUUUGUCUGUCCAUGGUACUCGUACUCGCAGACGAUGAUCUCCGAAGUCACGCCCCGCGGCAAAGAAUUCCUCUUCUUCUCCCUCUUCUCCAUCAUCGGUAAAACCAGUUCCUUCAUCGGCCCCUUCAUCUCCUCGGCCAUCAUCGACGACACGGGAAAUAAUAGUAGUCCCUUUUAUUUCCUCUUCGCCCUCAGUCUCGCGAGUUUUCUCUUUUUGCUGUUUUUCGUCGAUGUCAAACAAUCGAGAGUUGAACAAGCGGACUUUUUGGAAAGGGAGAGAUUACUCAAAGAAGAGAAGAAGAAGAGAAAGAAUAGUACCUGGUAAGAAUUAGAAAAAAGAAGACGAGUCAUAAUGAUGGGAUUAUUAGUAUCAUGGAAGAUUAAGUUCACACGAUUGCGGUAGACAUAUACAUAUUUCUUUUG